GGAUUUGUAAACUCCUUAAAUCUUUUAAAAAAUAUAUAUAAUCCCAAGCAACUCACUUAAAAUAAAACGUACAUUUAAAAAGUACUGGUAAAAGUCAGUUUGUUGUUGUUGUUUUUUUAAAAAAAGGUUGAUCUUUUAAAAUGCAAUAUAUAUAUAUAUAAAUCAACACAGUAAAAUACAAUUAUAUGCUAAGAUACAAGUCGGCUUUGCAAAAUACCAUCACUGUUCUGAUAAAACUGAUCAUAGCUCUGCAUACUUGCAUAGAAGACAGCUGUUAAUUAAUGGGAUUUGUAAACUGCUUACAUCUUAAAAACUGCCAGGCACCUUUACUUUAGAUAAAAUAGAUAUUAAAAAGUAUCAAUAAAAGUCAGAUUUAAAAACAAGUUGAUCUAACAAACUAUCAAUAAAUUAGCAGUUUAUUGAUUGAUGCAUUGUAAAAUAAAGUGAUGUGUUAAAAUGCAAGUCAACUUUACAGCAGUAUUCUGGAGCAGAAUACCUUCACUAUGCUGAUAACACCCAAUCAUAGCUGUGUAUAGUUGCUUAGAAGUUCAGCAAGUGUAGCUUUCAGGGCUCCUGCACCUUUAAUGGUUGUGUAGAAGGAAGAAGUUCAGCUGGGGCUCCAGCACUUUUCACAGCUGUGUAGAAAAAGUAAUGCCAGGCAGUGUAGCUGGCCCUGCAAGUUCUGGCUUCUCCAGCUUUUAAAAGGGAUCUUGAAUUGACUUUUAGCAAUGAGAAAAGAGAAAACCUUCCUUCCUUAUAAGGUGUAGUGAUGGCCGCUGACAUACAGAUACCUUUAAAAAAAGAUCAGGUAAAUUAAUAGAGGAUAAGACCAUUGAUGUCUCCUAGCCACAAUGGCAAUGUUCUCCCUCCAUUGUCAAGCAUUCUUUGGGAAGAGGGAUUGAUCAGUAAGACAUUCUGGGAAUUGUAGAUCCAUGAAGGGGAUAGGGUUUCUCAUAACAAUGCUUAGCUCCAUUAACAAACCACUUCCCAGGAUUCUUCCUAUACUGCCUUAAGUGUUUGGUUCAGAUGGGGCCCGAGGUUGCAGGUUUUGUCUAAUGUGUCUUAAUUGCCUUUCCCUUCCAUUAGGGAGAAGCCUCUUUUCCUUAACCCAGAUUCCUAAAUUCUGCCUGUAUAAGUCACCUUCUCUGCCCGUGGACUUCUCUGAAAACAACUGGCCACUGCAGGUCAGGCGGCAGUGGAAAAUGGCAGUAGAGUGGGGCGAUGUAUCGACACUGGGUGUAAAGUUAAAGUCUGCCCCCUGGACUACAAUUAAGGUUGAGGAGCCGGACCCAGAAACGGAGCAGAGUCUGGUUCUUGAGAUCCAGGAAGGGGGCACUAGAGGAUUCUGGGAAAGAAACGUUCCGCCACAGGCAAACCGGGAAGGCAAUGAAGAGGUGCAGCGGAGCUGGGAAGCUCGACUUCAGGGCUUUGUGAAGGCGCUCGAGUCGCCUCAUUUGGACGGGGGCUGCUCUCAACCGCCACGGCCCGCCCCGCAGGACAAUUGCGUUAGGGGCGCAGCUAGAGGACAAAGGGCCACCAAACUCCCGCCAGGCCUCUACUUGGAGGAGUCGCACAAAGCCCUGCUGCCCCAAGAUGGGGCAGGCGACGGGAAAGUGAAGGAAGAGGCCCCAGAGGGGGAGACGGUCACCGAGGAUACUCUGCGGCUGCGCUUCAGACAUUUCUCCUGCCGCGAAGCGGAGGGGCCGCAGGAUGUGUGCCGGAGGCUCCGCGAACUUUGCCACCAGUGGCUGAAGCCUGAAAGGCGUACCAAAGAGGAGAUUGUAGAGCUGGUGGUCUUGGAGCAGUUCCUGGCCCUCCUCCCGAAAGAAAUCCAGAGCAGGAUUAGGGCCUGGGACCCAGAGACUUGCUCCCAGGCGGUGGCCUUGGUGGAAGAUAUCCUGAUGCGGCAGCAGCAGGAUGAGGAGGAAGAAAAGAAGGAGGUAAUGAGGUCACCCAGGGAUAAGCCAGAUUGUCUUCCUACAGCAGAAGCGGAACCCCUCGACUUGUGCCAGACGCCAGCCCUGAAGGAGAUCAAACAAGAGGAGGACUUGGAUGUUACCAUGGAGGAAAGUAAUUUGAGGAAGGAGAAGACCCAUACAGAAGUUUCUGGAGACGUGCAGCCAUUUUGGAUGUUGUCAGGGAGCUGCGACCAGCACAUUCCCCCCCAUCCUGAUUUUUGGGAAGCCUCCGAGAGUCGCAUGGGAAGUGGACCCGAGAAUGAAAGCUCAGUUCAUUGUCCUCAAGGCUGUUGCAAACAAUUCAAUGGAGCAACUAACCACCAGAGAAUCUUCAAAGGUGAGGGACGGAUCUCUUGCACUGAGUGUGGGCAGCUUUGCAGAAGUGACCAUGGUGAAGAUUGGAGAAUGCACUUGGAAGAGAAGCCUUACGAAUGCUCGGAUUGUGGGAAGAGGUUCAGCCGGAAAGCCGACCUUGUCAGUCAUCAGAGAAUACACACGGGGGAGAAACCGUACAAAUGCCCGGACUGCGGGACCAGCUUCAGCGACUGCUCAAGCCUCAGCAGGCACCGCAGGACCCACAGCGACGAGAGGCCCUACAUCUGCUCAGAGUGUGGGAAGAGUUUCGCCCAAAGAGCCAACCUUAUUAAGCACCACCGGACCCACACAGGGGAGAGGCCUUAUACCUGCUUAGAGUGCGGGAAGAGCUUCAGCCAGCAGUCGAACCUGAUUUUGCACAGGAGAACCCACACAGGAGAGAGGCCCCAUAAAUGCCCCGAGUGCGGGAAAGGCUUCAGCCGGAGGUCGCACCUCCGCGUCCACGAGAGAGCCCACACUGGAGAGAAGCCGUUCCUGUGCUCGGUUUGCGGGAAAGGCUUCAGCCGGAGGCCUAAGCUGGUGACGCACCAGAGAAUCCACACAGGAGAGAAACCAUACGAAUGCUCUGACUGUGGCAAAGGUUUCACGGGAGCCUCUAGCCUGAAUAGGCAUAAGCGGAUUCAUUCCGAGCAGAUCCCACAGCCCCCCCCCCCCACGCCAACUGAUUUAUGCGAAGUCAGGUGGUCGCUUCGAUGGAAGCUCUUUCCGCACUCUGAGCAUUUGUACAUCUUCUCCUCCGUGUGGAUUCUCUGGUGCAAAGUAAGGUGCGGCCUCUGGCUGAAGGACUUCCCACACUCCAAACACUGCAAGCGUGCUGACGUGGGUCCCAAGAAGGCUGCUCCUGCAGAGGCCGGGAAGAGGACAAAGGAGAAGAUUACGCUAGAAAUGAAGAAGGAGAUCAUCUGGAAGCACGACGGAGGCCUGCGAGUGACAGACCUCGCCAGGGAGUAUGGGAGGAAUCCAUCCACCAUCGGGACCAUCCUGAAGAUGAGGGAGAAGAUCCUUGCGACAGAUGUAGCCAAGGGAGUCACCAGGAUCGUGAAGAACCGGCCAGCUGUUCUGGAGGUGGUGGAGAAGUUGCUGCUCAUCUGGCUGGAAGAGAAGCAGCGUGCAGGGGCCACAGUGACUGAGGCUGUCAUUUGUGAGAAGGCCAAGGCCUUGCACGCAGACCUCGUACAGCAAGAGCCAGGAACCUCAGCCGAGCCAGAAGUCUUCAAGGCAAGCAGAGGCUGGUUUGAAAGGUUCAAAACCAGAUCUGGAAUCCACAGCGUGGUCAGGCAUGGAGAGGCUGCCAGUCCCGAUGUCCCUGCGGCUGAGGACUUUGCCACGGAGUUCCUGGAGGUCGUGAAGACACAGGGCUACCUUCCACAGCAGGUCUUCAACUGCGAUGAGACCGGGCUGUUUUGGAAGAGGAUGCCCAAAAGGACCUUCCUCACUCAAGAGGAGGCCAAGCUGCCUGGCCACAAGCCCAUGAAGGACCGUCUGACUCUCCUCUUCUGCGCCAACGCCAGCGGUGACCUGAAGAUAAAGCCCAUGCUGGUGUACCAGUCCGAGAACCCACGGGCCUUCAAGAAGCACAAGGUCAACAAAGACCAGCUGAGCGUGUUGUGGCGAUCCAACGCUAAGGCUUGGGUCACACGCGUCCUGUUUGUGGACUGGGUCAAUCUGGCUUUUGGCCCUGCAGUCAAGCAGUACCUGCUGGACAACGACCUGCCGCUGAAGGCCGUGCUUCUGAUGGACAAUGCUCCUGCUCAUCCUCCAGGCCUUGAGGGAGACUUGUUAGAGGACUUCCGCUUCAUAAAGGUCAUGUUCCUGCCGCCUAACACCACCCCACUACUGCAGCCAAUGGAUCAGCAGGUCAUCGCCAAUUUCAAAAAGCUCUACACCAAGGAGCUUUUCCGGCGCUGCUUCGAGGUGACCGAUUGCACCAACCUCACCCUGCGUGAAUUCUGGAGAGACCACUUCGACAUCGUCAGCUGCGUGAAGAUGAUCACCACGGCCUGGGACGGGAUCAGCCAGAGAAUUCUGAAUUCCGCUUGGCGCAACCUGUGGCCAGACUGUGUGGCAAUAAGUGACUCUGACGCUUCCGCGCCUGCACCAGAGUCCACAGUGCUGGAGGACAUUGUUUCCUUGGGGAGGACCAUGGGCCUUGAGGUCACAGAGGAGGACGUCUGCGAGCUGGUGGAGGACCACGACCAGGAGCUGUCCACCCAGGAGCUGGUCGAACUGCAGGCAGAGGCUACACAGGAGCAGGCCUCUUUGGAAGAGGAAGAAGCGACAGGUGAGGAACAGCUGUCCUCCACGGAACUGAAGGACAUCUGCCAACAGUGGAAAAAUGUGCAGACUUAUGCACAGCGGCACCACCCAGACAAGGCUCUGGCACGUGACCUUGCGAACACGUUUGAUACAAGGAUCAUGUCCUCUUUCAGAAGGGUGCUGAAAAGGCGGCUGAAGCGGCAGACCAUGGAGAGGUUCAUCAUGAAGAAGCAAAGACAGUGUGUGAGUGACCCCUGCCAAGCCCCGGAGUUAAGAGAGGUGAUGGCGUCCGAACGCAGGAACGCAGCUGUGUGGGCUGUCCCCCGAGAUGCCCUGAUGGAGGACACAGUGAAGACGGAGGCCCAGGAGGAGGCAUCGGAGUCUGAACCGGAGGAGGCUGAAGGAACAGGCUCCUUGGCCGUCCGCUCAGAGAGCCUCAAGGAAUUGUGGGAAGGGCCCAUAACAGAGCACAUUAAGCAGGAACCCGAGGAAGGGCCUCGGGAGGAGUGCUGGGAAGCUCAGUGUCAGGGGCUCCUGAAGGCUGUGCGGUCUCCGCAGCCUGAACCAGGAAGCCUGCAGCUGGACAGCAAUGGCCCAAGGGACACUCAGGCUUCCUUUGGGGGGCGAUCAGACAUCGGGCUGCAGUCUGGGCGAGGCAGGGUGAUCCGCCAUCUGCCUGGCCCUGGAGGAGACGUCCCCCAGCCCACCCACAGCGUUUUGGCCAUGGAGCGUGGGGAAGUGAAGAAGGAGGCUCCCAGCCAGGAGGUGGAGCGCCUGUGCUUCAGGCAGUUUCUCUACCAGGAGGCCGAGGGGCCGCGAGAUCUCUGUGGGAUGCUGUGGAGGCUCUGUCAUCGGUGGCUGCAGCCAGAGAGGCGCACCAAGGAGCAGAUCCUGGAGCUGGUGAUCCUGGAGCAGUUCCUGGCUGUCCUGCCCCCGGAGAUGCAGAACUGGGUCAGAGAAGGCGGGCCGGAGACUUGCGGUCAGGCAGUCGGCCUGGCGGAGGAUUUCCUGGAGAGGCAGCAAGAGAACGAGCACGAAAUACAACAGGUCCUCUGGCCCUUCAAGGAGAAAGCGGAUGAUUCCCCUGAGGCUGACGGGGCUCUGUCAGACUCCGGUGAGUGGCCGCUCACCAGAGUGGAGGAUUCGGCUGCUGAUGCCCCUUGGCUGGACAAUGAGAGGGCAUCUUGGAAGAAGAAUCUGCCGAUCAAUUCUGAAGGAGCUGAACUACGUUGGAUGCUGCCAGGGAGAGCAGAACGGACUGUAUCCCGUUAUCCUUACUGGGGAGAAGCAUCCGAAAACCAGCAGGAAACUCACCCCCAUAAUGAAGAAGGCAAAUCCGUUCAUUUCCAGCUCCCUGCCAUGCCAGUCCAGCAAAGAUUCCUCAAGGGUGAGACAUGCGCUGAGUGCGGAAAGUCCUUUCGCUGCAAGGCGGACCUCACCGAACACCAGAGAAUGCACUCAGGAGAGAAACCCUACAUCUGCUCCGACUGUGGGAAGAGCUUCUGCAGUAGGAAUGUCCUCGUUGCCCAUCAGAGAAUCCACACCGGGGAGAACCGCUUCAAUUGCUCGGAAUGUGGGAAGAACUUCAGCCAGCAAUCGGAUCUUACGGCACAUGAAAGAACCCACCGGCAAGAGAAGCCCUUUGUUUGCCCAGAUUGCGGUCAGAGCUUUAGAGGGCACAGCGGGCUUGCGGCUCAUGUGAGGAUCCACACGGGAGAGAGGCCCUACCAUUGCCCAGACUGCGGGAAAAGCUUCAGGCAGAGAUUUGACCUUAACCGACACCAGAGAAUCCACACGGGCGAGAAACCGCACCAGUGUCCUGACUGUCCCAAAAGCUUCAGGAACAGGUCCGCUUUUGUCGUGCACAGGAGAAUCCACACCGAGGAGAAACCGUACCCGUGCUCAGGGUGUGGCAAGCGUUUCCGGCAUCGCACCAACCUCCUCACUCACGAGAGGCUCCACACGGGAGAGAAGCCCUACAAGUGUACGGUGUGCGAUAAGAGCUUUGUCGAAAGCUCAUCCCUCAUGAAACACAAGCGAGCCCACACGGGCGAGAAGCCGUACAAGUGUGCAGAGUGUGGGAAAUGUUUCUCUCAGAACGCCGGCCUGGUUCAGCACGAGAAGAUCCACACGGGAGAAAAACCCUUCCAGUGCCCAGACUGCCCCAAAAGCUUCCGGGACAAGUCGGCCUUCGUCGUUCACCACAGGACGCACACGAGGGAGAAACCGUUUCAGUGCUCGGUCUGCGAGAAGAGCUUCAGCCAUCGCUCCAACCUUCUCAAGCACGAAAGAACCCACACUGGGGUGAAGCCAUACAAGUGCCUGGAGUGCGGAAAGGGCUUCACUCAGAAGUCAAGCCUCCUCUCGCACGCAAGAAGCCAUCGGCCCUGUGUACCUGAAGGAGCGUCUCCACUCGCAUCGUUCAGCCUGGGCAUGGAGGUCCAGCUCCAUGGAGGGGCUUCAGGCAGUUCCGUCACUGUGAGAAGUGAAGCUAUAGGGAACCAAGCAAUGGGCCUUCUCAGUAGUAGCGCCCACCCUGUGGAAUGCCCUCCCGUCAGAGGUCAAAAAGAUAAACAACUACACGACUUUCCGGAAAAAUCUGAAGGCAGCUCUGUAUUGGGAAGUUUUUAAUAUCUGAAGUUUCAUUGUAUUUUUAUAUUCUGUUGGAAGCCGCCCAGAGUGGCUGGGGCAACCCAGUCACAUGGGUGGAAUACAAAUAAUAAAUAAUAAUAAUAAUGUAUACAUUGGCUUAGAGGGUGGGGAGUACUGUCUCACUGGGCAUCCAUGGAGGAGCAAAUGGCUGAACAAUAAAGUAAGGUCACCUGUCUGCUUUUAGAGAUCUCCAGUUUCUUGGCAUUUACUGCCGUUAUCCGUUGGCAUGUGCUUUUUAACUGGUGCGAAAGGAAGGGGAGGGCAUCGGGCCACAGUCAUGUCUCAUUGCUGAUGGCGAGACCUUAUUGCGCACGUCCUUUCCGUAUCAUUCAGUAAUUAUAUUCUGCAGAGAUGAAAGAAGAACCUAAGAACAUCAGGAAACCCAAAGGGCUGUUGAGUCCCAACAGCAGGUUUACCACAGCUUAGUUUAAUUUCUUCGAAUGCCACUUUUCCGCAAGAACCUCUGUCCCAGAGCAGCUCACAACGAACAUUAUAGCUUUGUAGAACUGAAUAAUUAUCAAGAUGCCUGACAUUUAAAAGCACGCCCACCCCAAUUUGCCACACCACAUACCAGUAAAUUUCAAAUGUGACCAAAUCAACAGUUCAGUAAAAUGCGGGAUAAAUUCAGGAUCACAAUGGAGUAAUCUAGGUUUUUAAUACAAAAGCAGGGAGGUAACUGAAGUGAAUAUGUAAAAAACCUGAUUUUUCUCUGCAGCUAACUCUAGACUUGCUGCCCUUUAAGGAGCCACAGCAGUUCAUACUAUAAAUGACUCCCCUAUCCACGUGUGUUAUGUGAAAUAACAUUUAUUCUACCCAAAGGCAAGGCCCUGUAAAAGGCCCAUAUUCACUUGAUUCUAUGCUGCUGCCUAUUCGCCCACCCCCCACCCAGGGAGGCCCCUAAAUCCACUCAGCCUAGUCUGCAAAGCCGAGGCAAGAUACUGUGGAGAGGGCAGGUUUCAUCCCUGUGUCUCCCCCCACCCUGUUCUGACCCAUUACCUAUCCCUGCCCCCUAUUCGCCCCCCCCCCCAUG